AUGUAUAUGAGCGCAAGCGGCGGGAUCUCUCUCCCUUUUACCGCCAUCAGAGCGGAGUCUUUUUCUCUGGGACCGCUUCACUGCGCAGCACAACCUAGUCAAGCCGCCAGCGAAAGCAUCACUCAAGACUCGGCUACAAUGGCAGACAUUGACAAUAAAGACCAAGCUGAGCUGGACCCGGCAGACAUGGAGGAUGUGGAGGAAGUGGAGGAGGAGGAGACCGGAGAGGACGUCAACAGCAAAGCUCGCCAGCUCACGGUGCAGAUGAUGCAGAACCCACAGAUCCUGGCUGCGUUGCAGGAGAGGCUGGACGGUCUGGUUGGCUCGCCGUCAGGAUACAUGGAGAGCUUACCGAAGGUCGUAAAGAGGCGCGUCAACGCCCUGAAGAACCUCCAGGUCAAAUGUGCCCACAUUGAGGCCAAGUUCUACGAGGAGGUCCACGAGCUGGAGAGGAAAUACGCCGCCCUCUACCAGCCUCUCUUCGACAAGAGGAGCGACAUAGUGAAGGCCAGCUACGAGCCCACAGACGAGGAGUGUGAGUGGAAGGCUGAUGAGGAGGAAGAGCUGACAGUAAGUAAGAAGGAGGAGAUGAAGGAGAAGGCCAAGGUGGAGGAGGAGAAGAAAGACGAGGAGAAGGAAGACCCCAAAGGCAUCCCAGAGUUCUGGCUAACGGUGUUCAAGAACGUGGACCUGCUGAGCGACAUGCUGCAGGAGCAUGAUGAGCCUAUCCUCAAACAUUUACAAGACAUCAAAGUCAAAUUCUCAGAUCCAGGCCAGCCAAUGAGCUUCUCAUUAGAAUUCUACUUUGAGCCCAACGAGUUCUUCACAAACACAAUUUUGACCAAAACCUACAAGAUGAGGUCAGAGCCAGACGAGAGCGACCCCUUCUCCUUUGACGGGCCAGAGAUCAUGGGCUGCACGGGUUGUACGAUUGACUGGACGAAGGGCAAGAACGUCACGUUCAAGACCAUCAAGAAGAAGCAGAAACACAAGGGGCGUGGCACAGUCAGGACGGUCACCAAGACCGUCCCCAACGACUCCUUCUUCAACUUCUUCACUCCGCCAGAGGUUCCAGAAAGUGGAGAACUGGAUGAGGACUCUGAGGCGGUGCUGGCUGCAGACUUUGAGAUCGGACACUUCAUCCGCGAGCGCAUCGUCCCCCGGGCUGUGCUCUACUUCACGGGAGAGGCCAUCGAGGAUGACGAUGACGAUUAUGAUGAGGAAGGAGAGGAGGCUGAUGAUGAGGAGGGAGAGGAGGAGGCAGAUGAAGAGAACGACCCAGACUAUGAUCCCAAGGUUUAAGUGAUCUGUAGAAAUAACCCCAUCCUGAAGGACGCUAACCCUCCAGCCGAGUGCAAGCAGCAGUGAAGUCUGUCUCUGGAGGCCUUGAGGAUCAACCGCACUGUAACUGCUUCUCAAAUAAAACAUAGAUACUUACCGCCUUAUAAUGUUUUGUAUUUUUCUUGGUAGAAAUAAUAAGAAAAGGGUUUCAAGAUUUUUGUUACGGGAAAAAAACCUACAAAAACAACUCAUGAUUAAAUAAUGGGAGCAGAGUGGCUCGAUAUGCAUAGUAUUUUACUAGACCUGUUUUUUUUCCCUCUUCUGUACCGAUAGUUAGAAUGCAGGAAAGAAAAGAAACCUUCCCUUGAACAGCAUGAACAUGUGUCUCACUGCUAAUCUAGUUUGGGUUCUUGUGAAGUCUUUUGUUGUAUUGCUCUUAGACAACAGCUGUGGUGAGACUGUAUCCAGACGACAUCAAAAUGCCGACCUGUUUCCUUUUCAUUUGAAUUCUCUUCCCCCCCACCACCUCUCCCUCCUGACCUUUUCUUGCCACCAUUUGUUUAGGCCACUGGGUUUUUAGAAGAAAACUGUUUGAGGGUUGAAGUAUAGCCGGGCUCUUAGCACAGGCAUGGCAAUGCUGUGUUCCUUUUAGUCGUGAAGGAAUAGAAGUGAUGUCAUCAGGUACCCGAGUCGUGUGGGUGCUCAGCUGGCCCGCCACUUGAUCAGGCGGGCGGCUUGCAAGGCCUUCGCAGGCCACCAGAGUUAACCUCGUACAAUCUGAACAUUCCUGUGUAGGCACACUGGUAGAGUGCGCUACAUUUCUUUUGACUUAAUGGACCUAUUUGUUAAAUGAACAGGGGCAUGUAUUGGUGCUGCUAUGUUACAGAAAAUGAAGUCUGCAAUUGAUCUAAUGUGUAUUUUAUUUACUUUGAACUUCCCUAAUGUUAGGUUUUAGAUUUACAGUGUUUUGAAGGGAACUUUUUUUCUUUUUUUUCUUUUUGAAGAGCACAUGGCUUGAUGUAGCCCAGUCACACUUCCCCUUAGCAUUUGAGACAGAUCCUUAAAGUGGGCUGGCAGUUCCCCCAGGUGGCGCCCACACUCAUCUACAUGUGGCUCGUAAGCCCACGGUUGCUUGACUGUUGUCUUUUCUAUAGCACUUUGUACUACUUUGUCAUGUACCAGUGGUGUCCUCUGUGAGCUGGGCCGAAUAUUCCUUCUAGAACAUUCUGAAGUGAGCAGCAUUUGCUCUUGUGAUAUACCAAACAUAUAGCCUCACUUAAUCACAGGAGUCUGAAGUGCAUUACCCUUAACUUGGGGAAUCACAUUGGGCUAGUGUUAGCUCUGGGAAGAGUAAGUCCUAGAUGAGGUGUAUUUAAGAUGUAGGGCAAACCCGAUUUAGUCAACCAAAUCAAGUCUGUUUUCUUGUGCUCUGGGGGUUUUGACUGGCUCUCUGGGGUUCUGAGGAAGCUAUAGGUGACAUGGCUGUCUCAGACGGCUCCCUGAGUGCAUGCUCCUGAUUAUCACUGUGAAGGGGGUAAGAUGGCUUCCUGGUAGAGGGCAGACUGAGGUCUUCUGUUGGCACCUUCAUCCCCCCCCAAAUCUGUAGCCUGUCCCCUUACCCAGUAGGCCACAUGGAAGCAUGAUAGAGCAAUACAUAGUCGGGGGGUGGACAAUUUAUUAAUCGGACCCAAUGUGUUCCCAAAGUUAAGCCAAGUGCAGCCAUUUGUUUGGUUGUAGAUGUUUGUCCAGGUGGAAGCGCCCAUCCCUUUUUUGCUGCCUUCUGUAGUGGAGUUUCAGAGGAACGCACAUUGGUGGGGACAGACAGGAGAGAUCAGUGAUUGUUGCUGUGGGGACACGACUGGAUUCUGUUGGGAUCCUUUUGAGCAGCUGUUGUCAAAGCGAAAUGCUAUGCUACAAAAUACUAAUGUACUCAAUAAUUGUACGUGUAUGUAUAUUCAUGAAUAAAUUGGUUAAACGUG